AUGCACCUUACUCAAUUUUCCCUCUUAGUCUUCGCGACAGGAACAGGACUAUGCAAUGCUUCUCUUCUUCGUCGAACCCCACAGCCCGCACCAAUAUCUACUGCUUCAACAACUCUUCAAACCGUCACAUCAUCACCUACUUCUCCAACUCAACCCGAAGUUACAACGCCACCAGGCCUUAAACUCGCUCAAAUCGCAGGCAUUCUCACAAUCCUUCCAGAAUGCAAUCGCUAUAUUCUUUCAGCCUCCAGCGCUGUUUCCAGCGCUGUCUCCUCAAACGUUGCAUCCAACGUAUCCGACCAACUAACAUUUCUUAGCACAGCCGCUGCAGCCAGUAUUUCCAUGGCACAAGCUAGCAUCUCCGCCGCUGAUGCCAGCGCUUCUAGUGCCAUUGCCAUAGUUCAAUCAUCCGCCUCGGCAGCAUUGGCAAGCGCGAGUUCGGAAGUGAUAAACGCCCAAGCAAGCGCCAGCUCAGAGCUCGCAGCAGUAUCGGCAUCUCUUAUUUCUGCGGCCGCUCUGGCAACAUAUAGUGCUCAAGCAGCGGCAUUAGCUAAAGGUGCUGCGGCGACGGAGAGUGCGUGGGCUAUUUCCAGUCAAUUGGCUGAUGCAACGUCGGCGGUACAAUUCUCGAAGGCGACAACUUUGCCAAUGACAGUCGCAGUCGUGUUGAUUCUUGGAACGAGUUUUGCGAGUAGUGUUAUUAGUGUUUUGGUUUAUCGAUUUAUUUCCAAGAGGAGGAUAAAGCGGGAAAAGGAAAACGAGAACGAUAUGAGAGAUGCACAGAAUAGGAGUGGGAAUGGAUACUAUGGUGCUGGUGGAAUGGAAAAGGGACCAAGAAGUUAUAGAGCUCCACAUCCGGGGACGUCAUACAAUUAUCCCGCUACUCAACACUCCUCAGUUUCAACCUCACCCCCAAACGAGAAAUAUAUUUCACGAUAUACCCCUAACCCGGAAGAAGAAGUUAUCAACAGAGAUUAUGUAGAAGGAAACUACGAAAGAGGUAAUGAAGAUAAUUAUUCUACACACGAUAUCAUCGACAUUGAAAAGGAAAUCGCAGAAAUGGAUUACCAGAUGAGAAUGGCCGAAGCGGAAUUAGAGCGAAGAGACAGAGAACGAUCUUUUAGAGCGAGUGAGAGUGGAUUAAGCAGGAGUAGUAAGAGUAUCAGCGUUCUAUUUACUCCCAGAGACUUGCCUCAGAAGGCGGGAGAAAGGAGAGGAAGUGGCGCGAGGAGUAUUAUGAGUAUGGGAAUCGGUGAAAGAUUGAGAAGCAUGAUGCCUUCUUAUCGACAAUCUCAGGCAUCUUCUUCUUACGAAUCGAAAGAAUUCUCAAAAGAUAGCACACGAAAUUCGACCGAAAGAGAUCUAGAGGAAGGAGAAGAAAUUAUUUUCACGUUGGAUGAAAGACCCCCGCCGUUACCGAAAUCAAACCCGGCGGCGGUAACGAGACCAACGCAUACGUAUACGAAUAGUGAUAUGAGCAUUAUGACGCUGAGUCCGAGUGUUUAUGAUGGUGGUGCGAGUAAGGGGGGUUCGAAGCGGGGCAAAGAGAAAGGGAAGGGUCCUUUUGGAUUUUCGAUUGGGACGGCUUAUUGA